GUUUGCUCUGGCGAUUGAGGAUAAUUGUUCCAAGCGAAGUUGAGCCUGAGACCAGGGCUUUCGUGAGAAGGGAGUCGGCGGGAGGAUAGACUCGUGGUUAUUGGCGGGGAGGAGGGGUCUCUGCCUUGUGUAGACAGAGAGACACGUGUUUGGGGUAGUUGUUGACCGACACGCAGGUAGUGGUCUGCUCCACAUAAGGUUGUACUGAUGGGAAAUGCUUGACUUCCUCCUCGUAUGUACGUAUUAAGUUACAGAGGAUGCCUAUCCGUGCCCACUGUACCAUCUGUUCUGACUUCUUUGACAAUGAGAGGGAUGUGGCUGCUAUUCACUGUGGGCAUACCUUUCACCAUUUGUGCCUCAUCCAGUGGUUUGACACUGCGCCAAGUCGGACUUGCCCACAGUGCAGAAUUCAGGUUGGCAAAAGACACAUCAUCAACAAACUGUUUUUUGAUGUUGCCCUGGAGGAGCAGUCAGGCCUGGAUGCAGAAAGUCUACAGAAUGAACUAGACAGAGUGAAAGCCCAGCUAUCCUUGAAAGAGAAGGAGAAACGAGAUUGCCAAUCUAUUGUGGACUCACUGAGGGAAGCUCUGGAUGUUCGAAAUGCCACUAUUGAAUCUCUUCAGAAAGCUAUAUCUGACAUGGAAAUGUUAUGUUCUACUCUCAAGAAACAAAUGAAGUACCUGGAGCAGCAGCAAGAGGAUACAAAGAAUGUAAAAGAGGAGUCCCGAAAACUGCGAAAUAAACUGAAAGCUAUGGAGAGGAUUGAGCUGUUAUUGCAGGGCCAGCGUCCUGAGGUGGAGGAAAUGAUCCGUGAUAUGGGAGCAGGACAGGCAGCAGUGGAACAGCUUGCGGUCUAUUGUAUUUCACUGAAAAAGGAAUACGAGAACUUGAAGGAGUCUCGGAAAACAUCAAAUGAAAAAAUUGAGAAGUUGAAAAAGGAGUUGUUUUCUGCAAAUCAUAAGAUACAGAAAAUUGUUCUGGAGUUGGAGAAAACAAACGAGGAAUUGAGAAGCACCCAGACAGAUCUGAGAAGUGCAGAUAAGGAGAUCACAAGUCUGAAGAAGAAGAUAGAAAUCCUGCAAGAUACUCUAAAAGUGCCAUCAGUGACCAGUGAAGCACUCAGUCGACUUCUGUCUGAAAGCCCAGCUCCCAUGGAAUUGCUCAGCCCAAAGCUCCAUCGGCCAGCUCACAGUGAUGACAUUGAUCUGAAUUCUACCUUUGAUGUGGAGACACCAAAGCAUCAACCUCAUAAGACGGCCCCCGCUCCUGCCAAAAAGCUCAAACUGGAUAAAAAGUCGGCCUCUGUGACAAAUCUAUCAAAAGUUCUGAAAGACGCAGUAGAGAACUGUUCAGCUGAUGCAGAAGGUGAGCAUCUAGAAGACUUGCUUCCUGCUUUCAUCAGAAAUUCGGUUCUGUCCAAGAGACCACGUGGGAGCAGCUCGCUGAUGCCACAGAGGAACAUAGGAAUAGUGAGAAUGGGUUAUGAUGGCCUAGGAGGCAGAACCAAAUUCAUACAGCCUAGUAUUGCGGCAGAGAUUCGCCCCAUGCCUGUGAAGAGCAAGAAAAAGAAUGUUUCUAAGCUAACGGUGGCAACAGCUUCUGCUUCUGGCAUAAGUCAGGCGAAACUAGAUUACUUCCUUAAGUAACUAUGGAUUUCUUUAGCACAAAAAAAUAAUCAGAGGCCUGGGAUCAUCUUAUACAGCAGGCAGCCAUCAUUGUGACCACAGUGGGGUGGACAGAAGAUGGGGGAGAUUGUGGACUGUUGUGUUCCACCAUCUUUGGGUUUAUAUGACAUUUUUUUCCUGCGAAUUGAGCAUGGAGUGGUCUUGCUAUGUUGCCAGCACUUACAGGGGGAAAAGACUAAAAAUUUCAGUUCCAGAAUUCCUUGAGCCUUAGAUAUCCUGAAGGACUACUCUGUAUUGUGGAGCUGAUGAACUAUAGGAAUGUGGAUCCUGUAACUUUGAUAGCUAUAUCAGCUACAAAAACACAUCACCGAGGGAUUGGAGGUGUCCGUUCAUUAAAAAACACCUGCAGCAGAAGCAUCUAUGCCAUGGAUUCAUUCAGACUUCAUAAAUUUUACAAUGGGGAGAAAAUUCUGCCUGCAGCCAUCAAGUUAUGUGGGUCUUUGACCUGACAAGAGGCUCAAUACAAGCACCUGGGUAGUUCCUUUUCUAACACUAGAAGUGCAAGGCCAUGCCUUCUGCCAAAACCUUUUCAUAUCUCUUGGCUACUGACCACCUCAGAGAAAAUGAGGUUCUAGACUAUGUUGUAGGGAUUAUUUGAUGAUUAAUAAUGAAUUUCUGCCUUCCUCUCACUGAGCUAGGUUAUUGGCUUGAAAUGUUUGUGUUCAGUAGCUCAGACUGCCUGUUUUCAAAGCGAGACAAAGUUCCCACCUAUGAAAUUCGCUUGGCUGGGAAAUUUGAGCAGAAUUUUUCCUGUCCCUUUUCUCUUCCACCCUGCCCCAUCUUGUCUGUUGUCUUGAUUGGGUUUGGCUGGUGGUAACAGCUGUAGCAGGAAGGGAAAUUCUUUCAGUGUCUUUCCAGUCUUUUCCUCUACUACUGCCCUAUGGCAGGGUUGGAUAGUCUGCUACAGACAGGAGGGCAGGUAAAUUGAGAUGGAAGUAGAAAGCGAGAAUUGGAGGGAAGUACAUAGAACUUUUUGAUGCUCUUGCUGACAUCAAAUGUGCCAUGGUUCUCUGAGUGCAUCAAGAACUUGGAUUCCUUGCUCAGAUAAAAUUAACUUUUGAACUAUUUAUCCUUGAAAUUUCAGUUUCUCUGUGCUAAAAUACAAGGGAAGCUGGUGGAGCUUGCCUAUCUCUUAUCAACCCGUUUUAGCACCAAGUAGUACUUUUUGCAAGUAACUUCUAUACUUUUGACACAAGGAAUUAUCUAACUGCUGAAGAAGCUUUUAUAGUGAUGUGGGUUUCCACUUAAGAAGGAAGGGCUGGUUUGCCCGCAAGGUGAAGCUUGAAGACAUCUUCAUUAUACUCUUAAGUCUUCUGGUUAAACCUGAUCCAACCCUUCUGAAGUAAGCAUGGAGACCUCAACUGUCUGGUGCUCCCAAUAUUCAGCAGCCUUUCUCUCCUUAAAUUAACACUGAGCUGGAUUUAGUUGAAGCACAGAUGCCUUUUUAGCUUGUAACUUUCUAUUCUGUCUGUAUUUUCGUUUUUUUCCUGUCCUAGACAUUCUGCCUAUGGCAUAGAGUUGUGAAGCUAUAAGGAAAGUGUCAUUUUUGAGAUUAUUUGCUUCAUUGUAUUCAGAGAGUUUAUGGAACAUAAGUAGACAUGCUCCACAACUGGGGUAUCGUUUAGGAAUUGCACACCACUCACUCUCUUUCCUCCAUGAUAGGAGCGUCCUAGCUUCUUAGGAGGUGGUGCUGUGUCUUUGCUUUAGGCUACAGGAAAAUAGUUCCCAGCUUAAACUUUCCAUCUAAUGGAAGUUUUUCCAGGUGAAGAAAUAUUAUUUGUUUGUGGCAUUGUUCAGAUUUAUUUGCCUUUAAAAUUUGGCUUUAAACUUAGCUUAGUCAUUCACAUCCUGGAGGAAUUUUAUAAAUCAAACCCACCAAGAACCUGAGAGUCACUGUGUUUACAAUGAAAUGAAAAACUAGUCACAGAUCUAGCUGGCUUGUGCUUUGAGUUCUUAGCUGAACAUGUGUGCUCAUGUUGAAUAAAUAUUGUAAAAAACAUGCCUUUUUGUUAAACUGAAGGGAUGUAGGCUUAAGUCUUUUAAGUCACUGUAGCUGCAUGCCAAGGAUUUACAAGUACAAAUGAUGAAAUAUACAUCAUCAUCUGAGACAGAAGGCUGCAGCCUUCCUCCAAAUGAAGAUUUCUGACACGCUGAGCAAUCGGAAUCCCUCUUUCCACAACUAUAAGCCUUGAGAGUUGGAAAAAGCUGAA